UGUGGUGUGUGUAGAAACCUCUUAUUCUUUGGUGAUCUCUUUCUCAUUACUCACACAUCUUAAUCAACCCCAGCCCUCUCCCCUACCCGUACUGGCACCCAGGAUCCUAUGGAUGGGCUGAAAGGUUAUUUAUUCAGUGUAUAGGGAAAAGUAGGUAACUGAAACCAUAACAGGCUAAACUGAUGUUUUAGUUUAGCAUCAUAGUAUCUCUAUAGCAACAUAUUUAGCAGAGAGGGAGAGAGAGGGGGGGGAUGAGGAUUAAAAGAGGGAAAGGUUAGACUCAUUCAUAGGUAGGUCAGACAUGGCCACACACAGCUGGUCUAGUUUUCACCUGUCACUACUACCACGCAGCUGAAUGAACUGGAGCUGGUUUGCAUAUUAGACAGAGAGAAUUUAGGGCCUGARAUGACCUGCAAUGUACAGCUGUCCUUAUGGAACAUAAGAGAAACAUUCUUGUCCGUAUGUGUGUUUGCAUUGUGCUGUAGUACACAGCAGUAUUCUAACAUUAAUAUAAACAGCCUGAUGGGAAAGUCCUCUUUCACUGUCUACUUAAAGUACAUCCAUACACACAAGCAYACGCUCUCUCUCCAUCUCUGUUGCUGUCACACACAUCCAUUUCCCUGAUCAACAGUAKAAACAGCAAAUCAGCUCUGCCCCUCUAUUCUCUCUCCAUCUCUGCUGUCUGUGUUGCCUUUCUGUUCAGACUAGAAUGGUUGGAGAAAUAGAGCAGACAGGCCUUUAUCAGUGGCUGGCCACAGGCUGCAGUUGCUGCAGGGAGCUGGUGAUCAAAGAGGGGUUGGAUGCAGGGUGCAGCUCUGGCUGACUGGUGAUAAACCACAAACAAACAUGAGUGUUCCAGCAGAUUAGGAGGCAGACACGGAGAGAGAGAAAGUGAAACAGAAAAGGGGAGAGGAGAGUGUUGUGUGUGUAGUUGCAGUGAAUUGUAUUUGUUGUCAUUAUAGGAUCUUAACCUUUAGGUACCGGUCUAUCUAUUGUAGGUGUGUGGGGAGUGGCAGUUGUCUGCUGGUGUAAGGAGUUGUAGUGCAGUGUUGGAGGUGCAUUAACAUGUACAGUGUAGCGAGUCUGCAGAGACUGUGAACGUCAAGCAUGAUGUGGUUAGUGGUUGAUAUUUUGGUGGUUUAGCAACUGAACACUAAUCUCUCUCUAGGUUGUGGUUGAGAGUUAUUGAAGGAAAGACAGAUUGGUGUUGUCGUGUAACCCUCUCAGUUCUAUAGUAGAGGGCUUCACAGACACAGACCAAGUGUGGCUGAAUGUAUCACCCAGCAGAGCAGUAUCAUGGACGUAACACCAGGGACUCCUACCCUGCUGGAGGACCUCACAGAGGAACAUGGGCCCCCGUCAAYAGUCGCCCCUGGGGCCCUCCAAACAGGUACAACGGAGGMAUCAACCAAUCCCAGCACGUUAACAAGAUUUAUGACAGAGGGGCCAGUCCMUCCUUCCAUGUCCAGGGAAGGGGCCCUCAGAGGGACCAGAGAUCAGGAACACGACCCUGGGCCCAGAAAGACCAGGCUUAUGAGACCCAAGGCUGGCACCAGGACUCCCCACGGUCAUUUCAAAACCAUGGCCACAGCCAGGGGGGCUACCAAACAGGACCRGGGGAACCCUACACCAUCUGGAACUUUUACAACAACCAGCCUCCCAGGUAUGGGGGUCCCCACCAGCACCAAYGGCCCAGAGAUCCCCCCGGAGACCUGGGCUCCCCAGCAGAGAGGUGGGCCACCUCAGACCGCUCCAGGGCCUUCCCAGGCAGGAUGAUAGACCAGGGACCAGGACCAUGGAAGCGCCCGCCCYCCCACAAGCACCACCGUGGCCAACCUCCACACCGCUCACAGCACUCUCCGCCCCCCAAGGAAGACUGCCCUGCCAAGAGGAGCAGGAGCUCCGGCCCUGAGCAGCCCUCUCACCGUGGCUCAAAGCAUUUAUCUGGACCAGACCAGCCACACUCACCACCCCACUACCUCCCUCCCAAACAAGGUUUCUGGAACCAAUCAUAUGACAGACCUGGUUCUCRCACCCAUGCUGACAGGAGGAGCUCGUCUACCGAGUUACAAGAAUCCAUCAAGUCAAGAUUAGGGCGUUUCAACUACAGUACACAUCAUUCUACCCAUAGUCCAGUUCCCCAGGUCCCCUUCGAUGGUCAAGGCCCCCCUCCUUCCUCCUAUCCCCGCCACCCUCCUCCAUCCCAGCCCUGUGGCGGCAGCAGACCCCCCCACCAUGGAUCCUGGGUGGAGGUGGAUGGCCAGUCCCAGCCCCCCUCCUCACCAGCAGAACACACCGGCGUGCCUUACAGCCAGCACCACCAGCGCCCCCCAUCACCCCCCUCAGUACCUCAGCACAGCCCCCCAGCUCCACGCUCCCACAGACAGAAGAGGGAUCAGACUCCCUCCCAGCCCUCUGCUACAGAGCCUCCCUACCGCAACAGCAGCCACAGAGUUUUAGGCUCCACAGCCCUGAGCUCCUCCUGCCCCUCUGGCCUCUCCAGCUCCACCACUCCUAGUAAGGCCAGUGGGAAGAAAGACCCUACACCCAAUCAGAGGAGUCCUGACACUGGCGCUGGCACACCCCAUAAACGGGGACCAAGGACCCCCUCAACCAGUCCCACUCCUCCCCCUCUCUCUGCCUCCCGCACAGGGCUAGGCUCAGAGCCCCAGACCCCACCCAGCUCUCCCCAGGACAGACCUACUGUCAACAACAACAGACCUACUGUCAACAAGCCAGGGCUGCAGCCUCAUCGACACAAACAGACAGAGAGGACCCAUAAGGAUAAAGAAAGUAGAGCGGAGAGAGGCGAGGUGGGAAAGAGGGAACCAACGAGGAAGAUGGAGAAGAAGAAAAGGAGAAAGGAGAAAGAAGAGAAAAGGGAGGAUGGGGUAAAGAAUAAGUUGAGGGACAAGGUGGAGAGAAAAAAUAGGAAAGAGGAAGGUAGGAAGACGGAGAAAAGGGAGGAGAGUCUUAGGGCUAAGCAGCUGGAGAAAGCAGAGAUGGGAUACUCAAAGUCCCCACAUGAAUCAUCCCUCCCUCCAUCAGUACGGCCUUCCUCCCCUAAGACUCAGUCUGGAUCUAGGGUUCCAGGGAAGCCAGGCCAACCCUCCCAGACACCAUCCACCGCUGGCAAACACAGACACAGGGAGAAGGGCCAAGGAAGAGGUGGAAAGUCCCAUGACCACAGCUCUCCAAAUACCUCAGAGACAGGCCCACCUGCUGGCCCGCUUGCCGCCCAUCCUAGCCAACCCUCACCACAUCCAUCCAAACACAAAAAGUCAGGGAGGGGAGGGACCCUGUACAAGUCAAACCCAGCUCAACCCAAACACCCCGUCAAGGGCUCACCACUGCCAGCCUGUCCCCCACCCAYCACCACCACCACCAUUAACAACAACAUCAGCAGCACCAGCAAGACCAGUAAGACYAGUCCUCAGCCCACCAGCCCUCCAAAACCUUCUAAAUGCAGCACAGAGGGGAAGGCUGAUUCUACCCCCUCCACACUCUCAUCCAAAACCCCAGCAGCUCCCACUGUGGCUGGGUCAGGGGGGUCCAUCCCAAGCCAGCAGGACCAGACAGAGRCAAUGGGUGUGUGUCCAGAGGGGGGGGUCCUACGGGCCCCAGAUCUCCAGCCUGCGGCGGGGGUGGGCAGUGUGGAGGAGCUGGGAGACAACCCCCCCGCCAGCCCCCCUGUGCUUAGCUGGCAAGGCUCCCCAGCAUCAGCCCUGAGUGAGGAAGAAGAGGAGGAAGAGCAGGGAGGAGUGAUGAGGAGACCCGUCCUGCAGCCCAGCCCCACCCACAGCCCGUCCAUCUCACCCCCCCAUGGGAACUUAGAGGGGCUCAAUGAGAACUCUUAUACACAUCUAGAUGUCCUGCAGCCCAGCCCCACCCACAGCCCGUCCAUCUCACCCCCCCAUGGGAACUUAGAGGGGCUCAAUGAGAAKGCAGAGGGGGUCAGUGAGGGGAGGGGUGCUGAUGAGCUUCGCCAUAGCGACCUGGCCAAGCUCUAUGGCCUGCCUGAUACUCCCAAUGGAGUGGAAGAGGAGGAUGAGGAAGAGGAGGACAGUAGUGGGGACACGUCAUCCAGCUCUCUGCCUCCCCGUCGGCCACACCUCCACCAGACAGGAGUGGCUGAUGUCUUCAAGUCUUUGGCCUCGUUCCUGGGGGGCCAGAGGUACACAUAUCGGGGCGGUCCAUUUGGGCGUCCUCCUCCUAGAUCCAUGGGAGGAGUGAAGUACUCUUCCUCCCUCGCCAUGGAUCCGGAAACCAACUGUCAGGACCAGCAGUGUCCCUCCCCGACAUCCGACUCCACCACGCCCCCAAGACUCACUACCCAAUCACCCACUCACACUACCUCAGAUCCGCCUUCCAAACCCCGUCCUCCCUUAGACCUCAACCAACCACAACUCUCUGUGGGGGAGCGCACGAAACAGAAGCACGCGAGAUUGGAGGAGAUUCAGAAUGAGAGAAAGAAGGAGAGGACUAAGGGUGUAGACAGCGGGGAGACAGCCGGGUCUCUGAGCGCUGAGCUGAGAUUGACCACCACACACCGGCUCCCUGCCACCACCAAGGAGGAGCGGGGGCAGAGGGAGGUAUGCAGGCGGACAGGCAGGAAGAGGGUACAAAGAGGUGCAGAUGGAAACAGGGAAGAGGAUGGGAAAAGGAAGAGAAGGAAACAAGAUAGCAGUCAUCAGAGGAGUGGAGGCAAUGAAAAGAAGAAGAUGGAAGAAAAGAGAGACAGAAAAUCAGCCUCCUCCAUUACGUUGUCCUCAUCUACAUCACCCCCCAGUAGCCCGGUCAAGCAGCUCAAAGACAGUAAGAAGAGCCGUCCUAUUCAGGGGAACCUUGGCCUCCAGAGCAACCUCGGCAUCCAGAGCAAAGACAUCCAGGGACAGAAAGACAAGGUGCACACAGGAAACACUGAGCAGGGGGCACAAUCGACAGUGAGGAAGGAGGAGAGGUGCAGUGAGCCUGAAACCAUGACAUCCACACCAGGCAGCAACACAGACCCAGUGGCAACCGCAACUAGCACCAUCAACACCCCCUCUACUGCUACCCCGGCCCCGCCUGCUGCCCCAGUGAGGAGGACCCCCUGUCCCCUGGCUGCUGCUGAUUUCUUGAAGCUGAAGGCCCUGUCCAUGGGCCCUCCCAAGGAGCUGAAGAUCCGUCUGAUCAAGGUGGAGAGUGGAGACAGAGAGACGUUCAUCGCCUCCGAGGUCGAGGAGCGCAGGAUCCCCCUAGGAGAGGUCAGCAUCAGACACACAGCCAGCGAGGUCAUCAGGGCCUGCAAGGGGGCGARGGUGAAGGGGAAGUUUCGGGAGUCCUAUCUGCUCCGUGCUUUCUCUGUCAAGCCUGUUCUCAUCACCGACCCACCCAUCCCACGAGAGAAGCUUAAUCCCCCCACACCAAGCAUYUAUUUGGAGAGUAAGAGAGAUGCCUUCUCCCCAGUCCUCCUCCAGUUCUGUACUGAUCCCAAGAACCCUGUCACUGUCAUCCGAGGCCUGGCUGGAUCCCUCAGACUCAACCUGGGUUUGUUCUCCACUAAGUCUCUGGUGGAGGCCAAUGCGGAGCAUGCUGUGGAGGUGAGGACCCAGGUACAGCAGCCUGCUGAUGAGAACUGGGACGCCACUGGUUCAGGCCAGACCUGGCCUUGCGAGAGCAGCCGCUCACACACCACCAUCGCCAAGUACGCCCAGUACCAGGCCUCCAGCUUCCAGGAGAGCCUCCAGGAAGAGAAGGACAGUGAGGAUGAGGAUAAGGAAGAACAAGAAGAGAAGCAGGCUCCGUCCUCUGACCCAUCAACCACCGCUGCGUCUGGCGCCAGCAAAGCCAACCCUACUGUGGUUGCUAGCAAAGCCAACCCUACUGUGGUUGCUAGCAAAGUCGGCCCUACCCCUAUUGCUAACACACUGAGGCCAGAGGCAAAAUCGACUGGAAAUAUCAUCAAAUUCGGCACCAACAUCGACCUUUCUGAUCCUAAGAGGUGGAAGCCCCAGCUGCAGGAGCUGCUGAAGCUACCAGCCUUCAUGCGUGUGGAGUUCAAUGGAAACAUGCUGAGCCACGUGGGACACACCAUCCUGGGCAUGAACACCGUCCAGCUCUACAUGAAGGUCCCCGGGAGCCGCACGCCUGGCCACCAGGAGAAUAAUAACUUCUGCUCUGUGAACAUCAACAUCGGCCCGGGGGAUUGUGAGUGGUUUGCAGUCCAUGAGCACUACUGGGAGCACGUCAACAACUUCUGUGAGAAGCAUGGAGUAGACUACCUGACGGGGUCCUGGUGGCCUGUUCUGGAGGAUCUGUACCGCUCCAACAUCCCGGUGUACCGCUUCAUCCAGAGACCAGGGGACCUGGURUGGAUCAACGCAGGGUCCAUCCACUGGGUGCAGGCUGUGGGCUGGUGCAACAACAUCGCCUGGAAUGUUGGACCUCUCAACUCAUACCAGUAUCAGCUGGCUCUGGAGCGCUUUGAGUGGAACGAGGUCAAGAAGGUCAAGUCCAUCGUUCCCAUGAUCCAUGUCUCCUGGAAUGUGGCCCGCACUAUCAAGAUCACAGACCAAGAAACCUACAAGAUGGUCAAACAUUGUCUCCUACAGUCCAUUAAGCACAUCCAGAUUCUGAGAGACCAGCUGGUUGCUGCAGGGAAGAAGAUCUCUUAUCAGAGCCGUGUGAAGGACGAACCAGCCUACUACUGCAACGAGUGUGACGUGGAGGUGUUUGACCUGCUGUUUGUGACCAGUGAGUAUGGCAAUAGGAAGACCUAUAUGGUGCACUGUGAGGACUGUGCCCGGACUGUGUCCAAGAGCCCCUCGCUGGCAGGAGUUGUGGUGCUGGAGCAGUACCGCAUGGAGGAGCUGAUGAGAACCUACGACAGCCUCUGUGUGACUCCAUCACCCUGCUCCAAGUGAGGCCUCCUUCCUGUUGUGCAACAGCCAUAACCAAAACUCCUACACAGUGGUAGCACAGACGGUGUCUUCAAGGAAUACUACUACUGCGAACACUUGGUGAACAGCCAACCAUGUUUACUCAGUAUGUUUACAUCACAGUAAGAUAUCGUCCGUCAGCCAAUUGAAUUCCAGCUCACUGUCUUCCCCUCCUACCAGCUGCUGAUUGGACUUGAGUCUUGAGAUAGAAUGACUAGACUGGUACUACUACUCGUUAAAAACAUGUCAGACAACUACAGAAAAUGUGAACAUAGUUAGCACUGAAAAUCAGGUCUUAUUUAAAACGGACACUGCUGUGAUUCAAAAGCGUCAAGUAGCCGGUAUAUGGUGCAUUAAUUCAGGUACUUUUAUGCAAAUCCAAUGGAACUUUUUUACACCAAUCUAGUUAUUCUAUGUCCAUGAAUUUACUGUGUUGCGACGCUAACAGCAGGGGAAUCGCUUCACUAGCAAAGUAGCCAAUAGUCUCAAUGAAAUGACAUUGUUUUGGUUAUGUUUUCUAUUCAGGUGAACUCUGACAUUUAUAAUUCCUGUCUGUAUACUCUUUGGGGUGCUAUUUCCAUUUCAUUUAUUCUGACCUAGGUAUUUCAAAAGUUUAACCAGCCUAGAAGUACACCUCAUUGGCCUUGCGAACUGUAUUUAGAUGAAAUGAAAGGAAAAAAUGCAAACAUGCAKAUAACGUUUUUCGAAAGCAUUAGGAAUAUUCAUUUAAGAAAUACGGGUUUACUAGAGGACUAAUCUGGUUUCACUCUUUGUUGGAAAUCGAGUCUGUUUUAUUGUGAUUUUUGUUUUUGCAUAAUAAUCCUAAAUGAUGUUUGGUAGAGAGAGAUGUGAUUGCUACAAUAUACCCUAAAGAGGAUCCCCUUCCUUUUUCUUUUGAUAAAUGGUAUUGUUCUCCCUGUUUUUAUACCUCUUUUUUGGUUGCUAUCCCCUUCUUUUCUGGAUUACAGAGAAAAUUAAGAAUUGUAAAUUGUUACUUUAUUUAUACAUGUAUAUGUUUUUUUUCUUAAAUGUAUUUAUUGCAUAUUGAUGGUGCUUCUCUGGGGACACCAGCUAUUUUUAAAGUUUCCUAUUGUGUGUGGACAGGGAAGGGCCAACAGGGGGAGGUUGGAUUUUAAUGGUGCUCAACCCCCUCUUGCCUCGCCACCCCUCACUAACUGUGUAUAAAUGAUCUAUGAAUAUAAGUAAAUGAAUAUAACUGAAACCGACAGGUUGGUGCUUAGAACCCGCGUCAUUACGCUUACUGGUAAAUGAAUAGAAUGAUGUCUUUGUACUGUAUCUAACUGAUAAAAACAAUACCUUUUUCAACUUUUUUGCAUUAUAUGAAAUUCAUAAAAUUGUGACGCAUUUGUGAUUUUAUGAUGGACAUUAGCAGUAUUUGUAGUUUUAGCCACUUUUGAACGAGACUUUUAGGGAUGUAUAGCGAGGUGUGGGUUUGGGUUCCUUCAGUGUUCUGUCCUCAUGAGUAUCAUUUCAAGGUUGUGAUCUUGCUCUCCUCUGACUGUUUAUUGAAGCUGCACUGUUUUAAAAGAAAAUAACUCCUAUUGAAGGAGGCCUGAUCCAGACCCGUCUCAAACACUCUGUGAUGUUUCUGUGACAUUAUUGUGAGUAAUAUUAAUCAAAUAAAAUCAAAUGUUUUAAGAAA